ACUUUCUCCAAUAGGAAACGUACGAGUAACUAUGACGACAAGGUAAAGCCCCAGAGCUUCCUUGGCCCUUGCAGCACUCUAUUCCAAUCCCCCGAAUCAAUUUGAUUGACCGCGCAGCCAGGAUCUAGUCCUGGAACGGUUUAACAUUUUAACCUUCCUGCUAGAGAGGAAGUCCAUGCGAUCGUAAUUAAAGAUACCAUCGUAAAUCAACGAUUUCACGUCUGCAUUUUCCUAAUUUGGCGACGCAGACAAGGAGAAGAAAUUCGAAGAAAUAACCACUUGUGAAGAUUGAAAGAUGACAAUUCAGUUCUUCAUUAGUGGUAAAUGGAAAGGUUACUUUGUAGACAAUAGGUAUUCUGCUGGAGGGCCAGCCAACAACAAGUGGUACAUGGACAUCAACAUGGCUUUUGGGAAUAACCACCAAUUCACUGCAACUGGGAGUGAUGAGGUUGGUGACUUCAAUUUUGAGGAUGGAAAAAUAACAGAUGGCAAAGUAACAUUCCGCAAGGCAUACAAUAGUCACAAUGUGUAUUAUGAAGGUGAAAUAAAGGGAACAAAGUUGGAAGGUCAGUGGUGGCUUGAGGAUGUCCCUUCUAUCAAGGGUGAUUGGGCAAUGUGGCCUGCUACAAGUGCAGAUAUCUGAGUCUCAGAAAGGAUUCAAAACUCAAAGAAUACUUGUUAUGUGUCUAAACACACCAGUUGAAGAGAAAACAUCUGUAAACGUUUGUAUCCAGUGAAACAUGAGUUUAUGUGUCAAAAGGAUAAGUAUGGCUUAAGAAAAAUGGUGCAGAUUUUAGUUUUUUUUUCUGUCAAAAAACUUAAGGUGGGUCACAGUUGUCGAAAACCAUGCCACCCUCUGGAGAUUAAAGACCAUGUUGUCACUAUACUUAGAUAGUCAUUAUAAGGCUGUUUGGAUUUUCCACACAGAGCUGUACCAACUUAAAAGAAACAACAACUGAAAAUAAAAAGUGUGAUAGUAUUUUAUUGCUUUUCCCGGCCAAGCCGAAUCUUUUAAACUCAUGCAAUACUUCCACCAAUUUUACACACCUAUCAAGCACUCAUAUCCACUUUUAUACACACAUUUAUAAAGUGGUUAAACUAGGGUAUUUACAAUGAUAGAAAUCAAAAGAAAUCUUUGAGCAACUACACUAUGUUUUUCUUAAGUAGCCAUUUGCUAUGCAAAAAAAAAACUUUGUGAUGAUUUUUGUAAAUCCUAUGCACUCCAACUAACUAUUGAUAUUACAUUAAAAUUAGUAAAACAUAUUAACUUAAUUAAGAAAAAAAA